UAACUCGUCGAAUCUGGUUUAGUCGUAACGUCUGACGCGUUAAAAUAGUUGAAUCGAAUAGCUAUUAGCUCGAAAUACCUUUCAAAAAAACACUUUCGCUUGAACUAAUUCGUGGUAAUGCAAAAGUGUUUACGGCAGUGAAACAUAAAAGUGUUAAAUUGUUUAAGCAAUUCUGAUUUUUUCCUCGGUAUGUCAGAAGGCGAGGCUACAGCGUCGCAGAAGAAACAGCAGCCAUUUCAGCAACAGCCGCAACUUGGAGUAGGCUCAAUGGCGAACAUGGCAUGGCAAUAUCCCUCGCCAAACAAUAUUCACAGCAUGUUUCCUUCAUAUUCAGGGCAGUUAUAUGGAGCAGGAUAUCAGGGUGUGCCUCAUCAAGGACAAACAUUUAGUUAUUACCAUGUAAUGAUGCCUGGAUAUGGACAACCUUUUAAUCAACAGCAGAUGCAACAGCAGCAGCAUCAACAGCAACAACAGCAGCAGCAGCAGCAACAACAACAACAACAGCAACAGCAGCAGCAACAGGGCAAUAAUCAAGGGAAACAGCUACAUCAACAGCCACCUGUACCUGGAACACCUAUGUCUUUGGAUGACGAUUCGGAUCUUCCUCCUUUACCUCCUGGUCCUCCGCCGUCUGUACAAACGUCUCAACAGCAUAACGCUCAAGUUCAGUCAUCCAUACAAACUCAUCCAGGAUAUAUGUACAAUUCAUUUCCGUAUGGUUCUUGGAACGGAAUGCAUGGUGAUAUGUCUCAGUACACUAAUCAGAUUCGUUUCAAUAUACAAAACAAAAAAAAUGGCUUAACAUUUUCUCCGUCCGGUAAUAGUGGAGCUGCAAAGAAAAAGCGUAAGAGGAAUAAAAAUUUAGCAGCCCAGUUCAACAAUAGCUUUCAGGCAAAUAGUCCAACGACAAAUUUUGUACCUGCUUCCAAUUUGAAGACAGAAUUACCACCCUUACCCCUCGCGCAGCGUGAAGUAGCAGCUCCUCCUCCACCAACCGAAGAAUCCCCCACCCCUACUACACCUGUUAUUUCGAGCGCUAACACAGCUCCUAGUGCUGGUUCUCCAGCGGUAGGUACUACUUCUGUCGUGACAAUUCCUAGCCCGGUUGUAGAAUGGCCCGACAGUUUGAAGAAUUACGUGAACAGAUGUUACGAAAAAUGUAAAACAGCUGUUGACAAGGAUCAAGUUGAAAUUAUAUUAAAAGGAAAAAUUACUCGCGCUGCGAACGAUGGCUCGCUUUGGGUGAAGGAUUGGGACCAAGAACCUUUGCCUAGUAUUCACAGCGAACGUAUGACCAUGACGAUAAAGCCUCAAAAGCCGACGUUAAAAUUGAAUAAUUUAGCGAAUCCGCUGUUGAAUACGCAGGGAGGCUUGCGCAAGCCAGGUCUCUCUACUUCUCUCGGGGCUCGGCAUGGUGCGCGUCUCUCUGUGAAUCACAAACGGUCGAGGUCGAGGUCUAGGACUAGAUCAAGAUCGAAGUCGAGGUCGAGGUCGAGAACAAGGUCGAGGUCGAGGUCGAGGUCGAAAUCGAGGUCACGUUCAAAUACACGUAGCCCACCGUCACGAAAAUACAGGCGUAGUACAUCGUCGUCGUCCAACGUUAGUGAUCGGGAACACGAUUAUAAAUCGAUAAAAACGAAAAAAUCCGCUAAAAAUAAACAGAGUCACAGCAGCAAGAAAUCAAAGAAGACUAAACAGAUGAAAUCACAUUUCUAUUCAGAGUUUGGUUUAGCUACAGGCAACGCCGAGGAAUUAGGAUCCAAGGAGAAAUUACAACAACGUGCUGCAAGAUUUAACGAUAGUAUUUCUAGGACUGUCAGCAACGGUGUUAAAGAUGAUUCUACCACAGAUUUUGAUUUUACCGGACUUCAUAUCGUAGGAAUCUGUAAGGACAUUGAAAAACCAUAUUUGCGAUUAACAUCGGCUCCAGCUCCCUCCGCUGUUCGACCGGUAAGUGUACUCCAAAAUUCUUUGGCACAUGUCAAGAAGCGCUGGGUGGCUGAUCAAGACUAUAGAUAUGCUUGUGAUCAACUUAAAUCCAUUCGUCAAGAUCUUACCGUCCAAGGUAUACGAGAUGCAUUUACAGUCCAUGUGUAUGAAACGCACGCCCGUGUAGCUCUAGAAAAAGGCGAUCAUGAAGAAUUCAACCAGUGUCAAACACAAUUAAGGAUGCUGUACCAAGAUGUCGGGGGAGAAAACCGAUGCGAAUUCGUCGCGUAUCGAAUAUUGUAUUAUAUUUUUACCAAAAAUAGUCAAGAUUUAACAACUAUUUUAGCGGCUUUGUCGGAAGAAGAUAAACACGACGAGUGCAUAAAACAUGCAUUAAAAGUGCGUUCGGCUUGGUGGCAGGGUAAUUUCCAUGCUUUUUUCAAGUUAUACACUUCUGCUCCAAGGAUGGCAGCCUUCCUAAUGGAUUGGUUUGUUGCGAGGGAACGCAAGAACGCCUUGAAAUGCAUGAUCAAGUCCUACCGGCAAAAUUUGGCGGUUGAUUUCGUCGUAGCAGAAUUGGCCUUUGAAUCUUUGGACAAGUUUUAUGAAUUUGUCAAUGAAUUUGGGUUGGUUUAUGCUGAUCCAGAACAACAUCUUAUCGACUGCAAGACAAGCAGUGGUUCUGUAGGUGCUUGGUAAAGCAACAGCACUCUUCUUUCGUGGAAGAUGUUAAAACAAACCAAAUGCAUUUGUGCAUAUUUGUAAGCACACACUCUUGUGCUGAAUUUGUAUAUGCAUGUGUUUCUGAUAUAUGCGUAUGUCUCUGUACAAACAUACGCAUAUGCAUGUGCAUAUAUCAUAGUACACGUUGACCUGUUACGAUAUAAUUCUUCUUACUGUCCCCUAAUAUUGCCCGUUCUUCGUUGCUCGACGAUAACCAGUCGGACAACAAUUUGUAAAUGAAAAUUUUCCCUGCGAUAAUUUGUAUGUAUGUAUAUGUAUAUAUUUAUAUAUAUAUAUAUGUAUAUAUAUAUUUAUUUAUUGUAUCUCGAUCUUAGCCCACAGUACAUAAUCACGAUGCGAAAACUCUUCUAUGAGGCUGAUAAAUACUAUACAAACAAUAGGAUGAUUAUUUUAAUCGUCCACUACUACCUCAAUAAAACACUCGGUAUGAAGCCGAGAAAUCUCGUGGUAAAUCAUGGGAAAAGAAAAGGAGGAAAAGAGAAUGAUAAAUUAUCUUCAGGAAAAUUUCGUUUGGGCGGAUUUCGAAUUCUUCGACCACAAUCAGUUUCCCUUCUUCAUUGACCUCGUUACAUAUUUUUGCUGCCACAUUUGAUGACUAUAAACAUCUUUUCAAACCAUAUUCUCAAAGGAUCCGAAGUUUCUUAACUAUUCGCCAGUGCUUUCGCCCAACAAGGAUACCAUUUUUAUUGUUAUUUCGAGGGAAGAAGCUCCAAAAUUUCGUACAGUGGACUCAAAAUCUUACUUCACCGUGUAUCGCAGAAUUCGGUGAUUCUCUUUCAACCAGACGCGGAAAAUUGGAAUUGAUUCGAGAAUAUAUGUACAGAAGAGCCUAAUAUUGAACAUAAAAAUCAACAUCAAGGAUCAAGGGUUUUCUCAAAAGAUUAAAGAAUUUUGCGGGCGUAAAGGAAAGAAGUUGACACACAGGACAUCGUGUCGAUACAGGAAGAAACGAAGCAAGAAGUAUUAUUUCUUUUUUGAAUACACAACUAGAAGUCUCCUACACUGGUCAAGUAUUCGAACGUAGCAUCAACGAGCAUGAACUUUUUAAACAGAACAUAUAUAUUGGUAUUAAAUGCCAUUCGCGUGUGAUGAGUGAUUCUUUUUAUCUUUUUAAGUGUUUACCGCGGGACAAUACUUUUUUUCUUCGUAUAUAGUUUAUUCGCCAAUUCUCGAGUGUUGAGAAUUUUGUCUUUACUUACGAUGUUCAGACAAAAUAAUAGUGGAAAGAAGAAAGGACGUACGUUUCAUUGUAUAAUUAUAUUCGGACACGGUGUUGUGCAUAAUAAAUUAUUUAAUUUUUGGAUAUUA